AACAAUGCCUCCACUUGAUGCAGUUUUAUUUGGGAGGUUCUACAAGAAUUUUGCCGAACUAUUCCAACCUGCUGUUGUGUAACCGUUGUGUCUGCUCAUGCAAACAGCUGACUUGAAAACACAACACAGCACAACUGUGUGUGUGCAGUGUACACGUUCAGAAGAGGAGGCGGGGGUCUGUGCGCAUGCGCAGCACUGCCGUCAACCGACGACUGGAAAACAAAAGAGAGGGAGGAAAAUGUCACAGUUCAUCCUUUAAUGGCGCAAUUACCCUUUGAACAAUUACAAGCGUCGUCGCUAUUCUUCGAGGGCUGACAAGAGACGGGAGGUUGCUGGUUUAUGAUGCCGAGUAGAGUCCAAAUCUCGGAGAGAAUCCACAGGUCUCCCCCCCCCACCCUCGCCGUCUCGUCGCUGUUUGCUUUUUGGGGCAACGUCGACCGAACGAGCGCGUCAGGUGAGAACAUUUAAAGUCGUGAUCUCGCCGACAAGACCCGGAUGAGGAAGUUCCAGUGAGUGUGUGUAAAAGUCGCAGCCCGGUUUCAAGGCUCUCCGUUUUUCCGACUUUCUGACAUCAAGUUGAAGGUUGUGAGGACGGAAGUGAGCCCUCGCCCAGGAGAGGCGCUAUCCUCGGUCCUGACAAGGGGACACUCAAGUCCUGACGUCAUUAAGCGUGCAAAAGUGACUUUCUCUCCCCCCCCCCACUCCCCUAAAAAAAGUCCAUCUCCAGCAGCAGCUACAGAAAGAGCGAAAUAUGCACAUUCAUCGACAAACUGCAGUCCUUUUGGCUUGUUUGGUGCACCUGAGCCAGCCCGUAUGCGUGGAUGUUCCCUCGGGGACGGAGGCGGUUCUGGGAAAGAUGAUGAAGUUGACGUGUAUUUCUUGUAUGAAACGUGAGGAAGUGAAGGCCAAGACACAUGUGGACUGGUACUACAUGACCAAGGUGGAACAAGGCGUCACACCUGACAAAACCCUUAUUUACAAGUACGAGGGUGACUUACCAAUGGAGGUGGACGGACCGUUCAAGGGCCGCCUGGUGUGGAACGGCAGCCAGGACCUGCAAGACCUCUCCAUCAGCAUUGUGAACGUCACCUACAACGAUAGCGGCAUCUACGAGUGCCGUGUGCUGCGCGAGUUUGAGUUUGACUCCUUCACUCCGUCAGCUUUCAUCUUGAAGAACAUCACACUGAAGGUGAUAGAGGAAGCCAACCCGGACACCACGGCACUCUACUCUGAGAUCAUGAUGUACCUGCUGCUGGUCUUCUUGACCUUCUGGCUCUUGGUGGAGAUGGUUUACUGCUACCGCAAGAUCUCCAAGUCUGACGAGCUGGUCCAGGACACGGGAUAUUAAAGAGCCACGAUGGACGAUAAAGAUCAAGCAACCCAACCCAACAAACUCGUGUGCUGCCGUUUUCCUAUGAAGAACCCAAAAAUGUCAGUUUAUUACCUUCCUGUCCUCAGCUCAAGUGCCCUCAGUAGUAACGGUGGUUCAAAUUCCCAAAUUCAAAUGUUAAGCCUCUUUCUUCUUCGUACCAUGUAGUGCCUCUGUGAUGUGGACCCUUUCUAAAUAGAGACGAUGAAGCUACUCAGCGCUGUAGUUUUUCAGGUAUUUCUUGUUGUUGUUUUUUUUCUCUUUUACAGUGUUUUAUAAGACGUACAGAGAGUCUGAUUACAUUGGUAAUGGCUAAUACCUUUGUAAAAAAACCUACACUGCUUUUUUUUUUUAUUAUGACAUGCAUUGCAGCAAUAUCUAGGAUAUAUGAUUAUUAUCUUCCUCCGGCUGUAUUUCUGUUGCUGUUUUUAAUAAUCCUCCUAGUCUCUAUAAAUUGUUCAUCAAUACUUAUGGCCCCUUCACACCAUGACGUUCUGGUCAGCGUUCUAUAGCGUUUGAGUAAACGUUGGUAGUCGCCCAUGGUCGCCGGGAUAGCUCCAGAAGAGCGUUGUUUGAACGCUAGUGAACGUCAAUGAUCGCUGGGAAUCGGCGGAGAACCCCGGUCCGGAAAAAAUCUUCUCACCGAGACCAGUGUUCAUCAACGUUUAAUUUUAAAUGCUGCAGAACGUUCAAGAACGUCCGUGGAACCUUUUACUAAGUUCGCCGAGCGUUGCACGCGUUUGCCUAUCGUUAGUCAGUCGUAACUCUAGCUUUACUUGGUUGUUACUUAAUUGUUUGCUUUGCAGUGAACGACUCACUGGGGACCUGUCAACGACCACUGAACAAACCCGUAGCGCACACAGCGUGUAUCUAAAAUCAAACGAACGUCGUUUGGAGUACAUUGAGCGUCAUUCGUUUGUUUCCCGAACGUCCAUGCAUAUGGGUAUAUAAACCGAUGCUUUGUAAGCAAGGUCCAUUUAAUAUUAAACUACAGUAGAGAGCACCUCCUAUGGAAGAUCCAGAAAGCAGCAGUUCGUUUUCACGGAAAAACUCCACCAGACUAUCCUCAACAGCCCGGUCCAGGACCCUGCAAUCCUUUCUCUUGUUCUUUUGUCUCUUUGUCGGACCGUCCUCACUGGGGUUUGCAAGGUGUUUAGGGUACCCAGGGGCUGCUACAUGGUGGGUGACUUCGCGGACGUGCUCUUCCUCCUGUUGUUGUUUUUCCUCCAAACACAUUGCUCGUGAUGAAAGAGGCUUAGCUUUCUUACUAGCAGCGCUAGUUGCUGAAGUCCUUGCCCUAACUUUUUUUCUUCUCGGCGACAUGAUCCUCACUUUUCUAACUCACGACAACAACUGAAGUGACUACUAUGAAAUUUCCAACGUUUUAGUGCCGGUUCCACUGUAAAAAUUCCACGCCAGCAAAACGCUUUUCUGUCGUUCUUCACCCAUUGGUCACACGCUCACCACGAUCGUCUUACGUUGACAAAUCGCUCGUCGCGCCCCAAUGACGCGUUUGCACACGCUAAUGGUUUUUAGGGGUAUCUUAUUUGGUCGCUGUUUCACGUUUUCGUGCGUUAGACACACGUUAAUCACACGCCAGAUGUGUCAUCCGCAUUUGAGAAUGCUGAAAAAUAGGAUAAGUGAAAUGUUCAGAGGACGUUGACCAGAACGUCAUGGUGUGACGGAGCCUUUAGCAGGAGCGUCUUUAAACGUACUGCUUAGAUAUUUGCUGCUGGUUUUCUCCAUGCAGUACAUGUUUUUUCUUUUCGUUGCUCUGUAAUAUUUUGUACAUAUUUUUGCCUUUUGUGUCACGUGACACUGCUCCUGCUCUGCAAAUCUUUGAGUAAAUUCUAUUAAAUUCCACAUCUUUUGUCAGUGCUCCUCUGAAACGAUCUCAAAAUUUGAAACUACGGAUGCUGCAGGAUCUCAUUUUUUCUUUGCCGACGUGGGGAAGUCAGAUUAGUGUGGGGAGGGAUUUAACUCAAAAUGAUUUACACUAAUAUAUUUGCAUCACUGCCACCUAG